GUUGGCGAGGGAGGGGAGGGUAGAUGACAAAUCUUGGUAAACACAAAACACUCCUUCCUUCUUAUCAAACAUUUCUGUUCAAACAUGACGAACCAUCAACAAAGAAGGCCAGAAGUUCAUAACAAACCUUCUAGUAGUCUCAAUGACAAUGAAAAUAAUAUUGUGUUUGGUUUGUUAGGAAAACGUUGUACGGUAAGAGAUUGUCACAACUAAAAAUAUAUUUCUUCUAAUUGGCUUUCAUCAACAGCCAUUUUAGUGUUGUUUCCUGUAUAUUUUUAGACCCUCGCAACGUCCGUAGUUCAACUUCACCUGGCUCUAUCGACAUCACAGGACAGAUGGACAAAACAACAUUGUGGUGUGGCUUGUUUUAUCAAAGACAAUACGAAGAGGUCUUAUUUUAUUCGAAUUUUUGACCUCCAGGUAUAUAUAUAUAUUGAUACGAUAUUAUUUCACAUUCAUCUUGUAUUCUUGUCAUGUACUAGUCAUGUAUAUUUAGCUUGAGGUCCUAUAUAAUAUUUAAUGUAAUUUUAUUACAACAUUCGGGCAACGCUGACUUCAAAGUAGGGAAAAUUGCUUGUCUCGGAAAUGGCACAUCCCUCAUUCUUCCAAAUAGGGAAGUUAAGACGUCGAGUCAGAACACUGCCAACCUCUACUGAUUGGAGAGAUAUCCAAUUUCCAAAGUCAGCAGAUACAGUAUGUGCAGUACCUCAGGUUAACAUGUGCAUAGAUAUGAUAUUUGCACCAUGUCUCCCGAUAAGCAUUGAUUCUUGCUACAUACUCAUGCAUAACACUUAUGUGAAAAGAGUCAGUCAACGCUCUACCGAUUGGAAAGUCGUGGGCUUUUUCCGGCUACACCGGUUUCCUCCCACUGGGAAUAUUGACAGGGUGGGUUGGGAUUAUCCUCCUAACUGACCCAUCCACUGUAGUUGUGCUCCGUGAUCAGACAUGAGUCAUAAGGUGGCUGCCAUAGGCGCUGUUAGCUGUGCAAACUCCAGUAAUUUUAAGUUACGUUUACACGCAAUGAUUAAUCGUGUACGAUUCGUAUUAUGGCUGGCGCCAUAAUUCAUUGCCGUUUCGUUAAAAAGAAAUUUCAAAUAUAGCCAGCUUACACGUGUUUACUCAAUGACAUACGCCAGAAAACGAAUCGUACAUGAUAGGAUGAUUAAUCGUAGCGUGUAAACGUAGCUUUAGCUCCGGCAUUCAAAACUCCGGCUCCGGCAAGGAAUUUUAAGUAAAUUUCAUAUGUAAUUUUAUUUCAGAAUUUAUCUUUUUUAAAGGUGAUCUACAGUCCGUAUGUAAACAAAGCCUUUGUUUACAUUUUUGUGUCCAAAAUAUUGAGCUUUAUUCGACAACUAUUUAUAUUUUCAAGCUUCUAGAGUAUAAUAAAUGAUCAAGAAACAACAAUCAGGCUUUUCAAGAACUCAAAACAUAGUUAAACUGUUUGUAUCAUAAAAAGUGGGCUCAUUUGUGCACAUGCGCAGAUCGGACUGUAGAUCACCUUUAAUUAAACACCUUUUUAUAACAUUAUUAAUAGUAAACAACACAACACAGUGUAAUAUAUAAUAAAACAACAUAUAAAUAGUAAUAUAUUAGUAAACAACAACUUAAUUUUUCCAUUUAAUACCAAAUGUUCAUUGAAAUAUGAAAUAAUUUUUCAUAAUUUUGUCUGCUGGAGUUUUUGCCAGAGUUUUCCAACUCCGGUUCCAGCAAAAUAUGCUGGAGGUCCGGCACACAGCUCUAUGUUAGAAAGCCUUUGACUCAAUCAGGUUGAGCUGCGUCCCUCGUAAUUCAGCUUAGCUCUCAGCUGCAAGUAAGGAUGAUUAGCAUCCCCCCCCCCCACUUACUUACUUACUAUCAGCGAUGUUUUCCUAAUUUUAGAAGUGGGGGGACGCUCUUGAAAAUCAAAUGGGCGUGGUCACUCGAUUGGGCGUGGCCUCAUGCACGGUCAUAGCGAACAAGUACAUACUCGUAAUAGCUUAAUCUUUGAAGUGGAUUUAGUAGAACAAGAUACCUAAAAAACACCUAGCUUGCUCGUGGUAGAUGCCAAAAAGUAAAUAAAACUACGUUGUUUUUCGAAUUUUGACGAUGCAAUUAGCGCUAUGUGAGCACUGAGUAUGCGGCAACUCGGCAAGCAGGCAACUUUGCAAGUUAAAUAUGACAUUUUCGCGAGUAACUAAAUAAGCUUAGAUAAUAAAUAUCCUUGAAUUUUUCCCAUUUAAUCAUGUUAAUGUUCUUAUUGAAUCAUUUUAUGUUCCAAUUGAUCAUUUUAAUGUUUAAUUAAUUUCGCGAUUGCGCGAAAGACUAGAGUAAUUAUAUCCUGCUGGGCUGCUGCCUGAGGUUAUCCACACUUGUGACAAUAAGUAGUUAUAUCAAGCUAGUCUGCUAGAAUUUUCUGCAAGUAUAUCAAGUUCCAGGGAGAUUAAAAUAGUGACAAAAUUACAUUCUGAAGUAUUUCUACGUAGGACUGCGGAGCAAUUAUUGUCAAAAAUAUCACGUAUGUAGUACAAUGUCUGUACUGACUGUACAAGUGAUAGCCAAAAUUAUUUGGACGGUGUCGAACAGCGUUCACUGAAUUUCACUCAUAUUUAAUCCCUGCCAGGGGGAACGCCGUUCCCCCAUGUUUGAUUUUGGCAGGGGGGACGCUGUUCCCCUGGUAAAAUAGGUGGGGGGACGGCGUUCCCCCGCGUUCCCCCUGGAAAACAUCACUGCUUACUAUACCUGCUGGGUUCCCAAUAGAUUUGGCAUUUUCCUCAAAUGGCAUUUCCAGUUUUGGAGGUUUUGCCAUUGGGUUGUUCCAGAAAAGGUCUGCACUGUCCCCAUAGAGGAAAUUUGUGCCACUAGGAAGGGAAGGGAACAAAAAUUUGUUUCUGAUAAUAGUAAGUGUAUUAAGGGGAGGGGGAUAACUUCCAAUUUCCUCCAUGGGGGAGGUACAGUAAGGAUGUUUUUUGGAAUGUACCAUUUUAUCCAAAUAUUUAACAAAGACUAUUGUGUAACAUUAUAUUAGAAAAGCAAGAAACUUUUCCCUUGACAUUUCUGCGGUAAGGUGGAAAUAUUUUCGAUUUUACAAGACUGCCUGAAGUUUGUGACACUGCAGUAUGCAGUCCUUGAAACUCAGGUCGGCAUUCGGCAAUGCCGACCUGCAAAGCGAUAUGUGUAGAUUUACGUCGGCAAAAUUUUGCUGACCUACUUUCAAAUACGUCUUAGUUGGCAUUUUUUUCUGCGAACACAUGUUUCACAUACGCAUUUUCAACGAUGUUUUAAUUACCAGGUUUUGAUCAUUAGCUUGCAUAGUCACAUUGCAGUGUCAUUGUUGAAAACUUUGAAAAGUAAACAUAAGCGAAAGUAUAUGGUAAUAAAGUAGUGCACUGUCUGUCACAACAUUUGGUCACAACAUGCAUGCACUGUUCGAUUGAAGUUCAUACAUUUUGUUAGUUGUUUUGUUUGCUAUUGGCAUUGAUUGCAAUUAAUUGCUGUUAAGUUUAUAAAUACACAUAUUUGCAGCAAGCAAAUUAAAUUUUCAUUUGGAUAUUUCCUUUUGUUUUGUUUGAAAAUAUUUGCCGACUGAAAUUGAGAAUUAUCGCUUUUAGGUCGGCAAUUUCUUGCCGACCUGAAAUUUCGGGAGUUUCAAGGACUGAGUAAUAUGUAAUGUUUUAUGACACAUUGCCACCAUGCAAAGCUAACAUUUCUGUGAUCUGUACGACGGAAGAUGAGCAGAAGCGGCAACCACCAUUAUGAAUGAAUGAACAAAUGAAUAACUUUAUUUAAGUGUCAAAUGUAUUAAUUUUGCUACAGAGCUAAUUGGGGACACUUUAAAUAGUUGUACAAUAUUUACAUACAUAAAACUACAUAGUCUAUGCAGAGUAAUUAUAAUUUAAUUAACUAUAGAAAACAAAGCUUUCAUUGGUAGGGAUAAAAACAAGGAGAAAGAUUUUAAGUAGUUGCAUCCCUACCAAUGAAAGCUUUGUUAUUAUUGGCACUACCUACCAUAGAUAACAAAAAAUAUUGAAUACCAAGUUUGAACCUCAAGUCUCUAUUUAAAUCUGACUGCUCUUAAGGGUCUCUCUUACGUUGUUCCAAUUUUCUCUCAUCUGAAGAACGACAGAAGUACCACACCAAAUGUCAGUACAUAAGAUGCAGUCAUAGAAUAAGAAUUUGACGACAGCCACUGUAGAGUUGUACUUGUAUCUUCACAAAGAGCCGAGUUGUAAGUUGCCGAAGUCUUGAAAUGGCACCUACUUUCCGGUUGUUCUAUUUACACAUAGUUAGUAGUAAUAUGUUGGCUGAAGUUAAGCAUACAGUAUUAUCUAUGUUUACGUCCAGCACUUUUAGGUCUUGUGUGGUAGAUAUUUGAUCGUCAUCAAUGGUUAACGACACAAUACUGUCAUUUUGUGCUUUUCGAAGACAUAUCGUCUAUAUUAAAGGUAUCAAGCUCUUUCCUUGCUUCAACUAGAGAAAUUUCCCAAAUAAAUACUGUCAUUGGAAUACUUUUAUUAUUCUUUUGGCCCAAAUCAUAUUGUCUGAUAUUUAUCAUAAUUUUAGUAAAUUUUCUUCAGUAUACCAAUUACAGUAGAUGUUUUUCCAUCCCCUCCUGUAGAUAUAAUAUGUUUGCUUAAAACAUAAAGCUGAUGAUCAUCUGCGUAUAAAUGUUGGGAUUCUUAAUUUGUGAAGUUCACUGAUUCAUUGAAGUCCACCUUAUCACAACCCGCACACCCGAUUACCUAUAUAUACAUGAACUUACGGUUACAGCUCAACAGCUGGCCUCUGUAGCUCAGUUGGUUAGAGCGCUGCACCGGAAUUGCAGGGCCGUAGGUUCAAUUUCUACCAGAGGACCUUGUGCUGCAUUUUUCGCAGUCGUUCCUGGUCAUGUCUUAAAAUGUAUAUAUUCUCACUUGGAUUACAAACCCAAACAUUCUAAUAUUAAUUCCACCAAGUGAAGUGCAAGAAACAAAUCAUUGAAGUCCACCUUAUCACAACCCGCACACCCGAUGACCUAUAUAUACUGUACAUGAACGUAUGGUUACAGCUCAACAGCUGGCCUCUGUAGCUCAGUUGGUUAUAGCGCUGCACCGGAAUCGCAGGGCCGUAGGUUCAAUUCCUACCAGAGGACCUUGUGCUGCAUUUUUCGCAGUUCUUCCUGGUCAGGUUUUAAAAUGUAUAUAUACUCACUUGGAUUACAAACCCAAACAUUCUAAUAUUAAUUUGUGAAGGCCUGUCAUUUUCCUGUCUCCUUUCUUUAUGCAGUUGUUGUAGAAUGAUGCCAAAGAUUCAGCAAUCCCCUCCGCAAUCAUCUUUAGGAGUUUUUGUUGAUGUAGUUGCUUGGCCCUACAUUCAAUUGUAUUAGGUAAAGAGACAUCUUCGUCACAAAAUGAGCUCAGGGAUAUUUCCCUAUAUGCGUACUGUAGUCCUGGAUUGUAUGAUACCUAACAUUCGAUCGUCUGGACAGCAACUCGCCUUGCACCAGCUUUCGCUUGAAAUGUCUCAUUCGCCUUUCAGUUGACAACACCUCUGGCGAGGAGAAGAACCACUUUCGCCAUGAAAUGCACAAAACUUGCUAUUCUAGCAACAUUAGCUGGUGGGUACAAUCUAGUGCUAUGGUCAAGUCCCUUUACAGUUUGUGCAAAGAUCAUCCUCCAACAUCCCCCCUAGCCUGGAGUGCCAACAUCCCCCUCCAACACCCCCCUAGCCUGGAGUGGCAUACACAUUUGCCAGCCACACAGACAUUGCAGUCGAAAAUGGAGAUUGCUGCAUUAUAGUCUGUUAUUGUCCACUGUUAUGUCUACCACAGCCUGUCUUCAAGAGUAUUGAUAAGAAAGCUUGUGGUUUUCUUUCAUCAAGUCCUGCAAGCGAGCAAUAACUUAUAUAUAGUAUAGAGACAGGUAUAGAGAUAACUUUGUAACCACCGUAGUUUUCGUAAUAUAGUUUAGUUAAUGUAGCCCAUAUAAUGUAAAUCCUGAUGAGUAAUACCGUGCCUAAAUAAAGUUUUAAUAAUAAUAAUAAUAAUGAAGACAAUCAUGGGCAAUGUUGUUAUGGUUGAUGAAGCCUUUCUCAUAUUUAUUGCCUAAGUCGACUCAUCCCCGAAUUCGCAUCCGCUGGUGUACGGUGGGAGCAGCACUUCAGUUAUGCAUGUGAGUGUCUUUACACCAAAGAAUUCCAUAGAUGGGCAAGCACAGAUUUAACACCACAUGAAUUCGUCUAGCGAGAUAUAUCUACAUAUCGUUUAUUAGCGAAGCGUAUUCCUUUGUUUCCUGAGCACUAGAGUGGAACUAAUGACUUCGACACAAAAGACAAUGCUACGAUACGGUGGAAGUGGAAAACUGCAUUUAGCAUCUGAUUCAAUUGACCAUUUGCGUAAUAGACUAAAUUUUGAACUAAACAAGUCUAGACAAAAAUUUCAUCACAGCUUGAAGGAGCAUCACAAAAUUAGUAAUAUUCCAAAGUUUCGUUGCAAAAUGUUGUAAAAUGCGGAAAAUAUAGCCUUGCGAAAUUUGCAAUUUUCAGUCAUUUUAGAUUACAAACGGGAAAUUGAUGCCGCAAACCCUUCGAGGCUGUCAAUUUCCGGUUUGUAAUCUAAAAUGACUGAAAAUUUCAAAUUUCGCAAGGCUAUAUUUUCCGCAUUUUACAACAUUUUGCAACGAAACGUUGGAAUAUUACUAAUUUUGUGAUGCUCUUUCAAGCUGUAAUGAAAUUUUUGUUGAGAUCAAAAUUUAGUCUAUUACGCAAAUGGUCAAUUGCAGCAAUUGGCGUAAUCUUGAGCUCAUGCUAAUUCAUGCAUCGGGAAAUUUUCCAGGGGACAGUUGUUCAAAGCCUGGUUAGCGCUAAUCCUGGGUUAAAUUUUAACCUGCUCUUUUUGUUCAUGUAUUUCUUCAUGAUCAUUCGUUUCAAAACUUUAGAAAAUAAAACCUCUAUUGGACCAGAAAAGAUUUCUGGAAAAUUUGUGUUAACCAGGGUUAGGCUAACCGGCUUUUGAGCAACCGGCCCCGAGAGGUCAAUAUCUUCUUGAACAAGUUGUAGCGCCAGUCUGGAAGCCGGACCAUGUUUGUCCAGUCAGGAAGUUGGCUUUGCUGGAAACACAUCGUGAUUAUUAGGAAGAGUGAUGUUCUUUAUGCCACAAGCGGGGUGAACUUAUCACUGUUUUGAUUAUUCUAAUUAGACGAGUGUUUUGUAUGCAUUUUGUCAACUGAACAUUGCCUGUAUUUCGAAGCUUUGUUGGAAUCUAUAAUAAAAAAAGCAUUAGUUUACAAAGCAUGUUUCGUUAAAUUAACUGAUUUAAUGAACCCAUUGUCUAUAACAGCCGUACUGAUCUUUUCUUGCUUUAGGUGUCAGUGUGGCCCUCGCCUGGGUGGGGGAUGCCUUUCUAGUUGGUCAUCCAUUACAUUUUUCCAUGCUCCCAAGCAGUACACGAUACAUACCUCCGCAAUAAACGAAACUUGCUCAGCAGUCUAUAUGUUUUUUAGGAAGGUAGAAUGGUUUGGGAACAGGAAAUCUACAAUAAUUUCAAAUAUAACAUACCAAGAACUUACUUUCAUACAUUUGCUGCCGAUGUAAGUGAUAUUUGAUUUGUUGGAUGUUAAGUUGAUUAAGUUACAGUAUAUUGUCAUCAUCUUGUUUGUCUCCCCCAAAGGAGCCGGAUUUCCUCGACAUCUUUCACAUCCACUUUAUAAUCAUUCCAAACAUAAUCCACCCAGCACUUUCUUGUACCUACUUUCCAGCACUCUGCUUCUCACAAACUCGUUUCCCUCCAUUUUCAAAUUUAGUAUUGAUUCAAAUGUUUUAGCUGGAAAAUAUAUACUUAUUCCAAUGUCAGUAAUGGCAAAAUUGCAGUAAUGGCAAACUGAGUAUAUUGCACAGUAACAGAAUAGUACAGUGAACCAUAAUCAUUAUUUAUUGUUGCCCAUCAUUUUGCAAUAGAAAUGUCAAGCAGGACUAAACUUUUGUGAUAGACAAGAGGCUGCCAGUUUCAGGGAAGAAGUCGAGAAGAAACUAAGGGCAAAAGAAAACAGACGUAAUGGUUAGUACUGUUCAUUUUAUGCUUUUGGUGUUACUACUAGUCAUCGCUGCAUUAUUUGCGUUUGGGGUGUUGGUGGCACAGUGGAACCUACAGUACAUGUACCUUCUACCUCUCUGGUUAUACAUUCACCUCAAUCACAUAUGAGAAGAGUCCAAGUUUUCUCUGGGUACUCUGGUUUCCUUUUGUAAUAAUACUGCACCAAUUUGGACUCGCCCUCACUACAGUAGACUAGAGAGAAUGUUUUAGAGCUGAUCGUAUAAGUGUAACUAAAGUUAGUUCUUUUGAAAACGCGAAAGAGCGUAUCUGCAGAUCUGGUAAUGUACAGAAAUUCACUCCUAAAAAUUUUGGUAUUUUUGGAUUUCCUGUAUUCUUUUAUUUAACCGAUUAUGUGUAUUCAAUACCCAACAGGCUCUUUGCAGUUAACUUACAAUAGUUGAGAACAAUAAGUGACUGGAAAGCAUGGAGAGCUGUGGAAUUUGUAAACAAAAGAGUAAGAUAAAGCACAGCAUUUUUCUUGUCCAAAUAUUGUUAUGCGAAGUGUUUUUAGGCCAGCUACAAAGAUCGUAUUUGGGAUUUCCCGGACUCUUUUAUUUAACCGAUUACAGUAGGUGCAUUUAUCGCCUAACAUACCCAACAUGAAACUGUUGUAUUGUAAGUUGUGCUUGCCCCUAGCAGAGUUAACUUUAUAAUAAUGGUUAACUGGUUGUGACUUGUAUACUGUAGUCAGUAUUAUAUUUCACCUGUGCUACUGUAUUUGUUAGAAAAAAGAAAUCAAACAACCAGAACCAGAGGAGAACCAGCUCCUCCUCCUGCACUUGGUGGUGAUAUUGAUAUGAAGAACAGACCUGCGAGAACAUCCAUCUCCUUGGGUAAAUACCUUGUUGCAAGUAUUUUGUUGUGUCAAUGUGGGAUAUCCCACGCACAGUACCAAAGCCUCAAUGAGUGUACGCGACGGCCGCAGUCAAGAUUUAGAUCUGUAAAUCCUGAUCUUCGUCAGUGCAAUAGACUGUUCCGGAAAGUCCUUAGCCGUGGCUAUAGCGCCUCGUUUUCGUUAUUGAGAUAUCACGAGGCUCUCUAGCCAAGACAGAGUACUUUCAGGAAGGGUGUAUUAUCUGAAAAGAUUCGCCUGACAUAUGAUACAUGUGUUAGUUUGUGGUGGUAUCAUGAUACUUUUGAGAGGUUUUGCCUCAUUAUAUUUGCACGUAACGUUAAGUACAGUGGCGUAACAUUGUGCUAAGGACCCCCCGUCUUGAACUGAUAAGAUCCCCCCAUCGACUUACCAUUCAGAGUAUUUUUUGGUUAUUCCCUUAGGAGUUACUCUAUUGCACUAGUAUAACUUGUCAAUGACAAUUUUUGGUAAAUUAUAUUAGACAAUAAUCAACCAUCAGGACGGACAUCUCCAACACCAUCACUCACAUCUAUUGAUAAGAAAAACAAGAAAGACAAAAACAAGAAAAACAAGGGCAAAAGCAAGAAGUUGACAAAGGACGAUAUUGGAGCACCAAGCAAUUUUCAGUAAGGCUGUCAAGUACAGUUUAAAGUCCCGUAUAGACGGGCAAUUUUUCCUUGACAAGUUGUCCUUGAAAAGCUUUAUUUGCUUUAUUUUCUCGUGUGUACGGCAAAAACAUGACAAGGACCCUUGUUCCAAACCUAGUCACGCCAGCUUUUGCAGUUUAGGACAAGGCAAAUUUGUUCGUGUGUAUGGCCGCCACGUUUUCGUGGCAAGUGUGCAAGAACUUCUUCUAUGGUUUUGGCCACCAAAAUGCGGCCUUGACGUGUGAUAAACUGAAUUAAAACUUAACAAACAAUCCGUGCACAUACGAGCAACAAAUCUUACCAAGGAAAACGUGUUGACUGCACACACGAGAGUAAAAUUGUCAAGGAAACUUGUCAAUUCUCCUCGUCUUAGCUUAAUUAUUAAAGUAUCAACAAAUUGUGUUGUGGCAAGUUAAAAGUCUGUAUUCGUAAAGCCCCGUACAUACAUACAGACAGGCAUUUUGUUUUUUACAAAGUUUAUUUGAACGAAAACGAUUUGUAAAAUUUCCAUGACAAUUCUUGCAACUCGUGCUGUUAUUGAACAAGGAAUACGUGUUCGCGUGUACGGCUUACACGAAAGAGAAAGACUUCCUCGUGUGUUAUGAACGUUAUACAAAGACACUCGUCAAGGUCAAAGUUGUCAAGUAAAAUUGCGAUCAUCUACACGAGAAAGUCAUCAUGUCAAGGGAACUUGUCAAAGAAAUUUUACUCGUUUGUGUGAACCAUGCAGUAAUGCUGUAAUCUGUAAUGAAACUUCAGUGACAAAGUAGAUUUUGAUGUGUGCACGCGUAAUAUAUAUAUUUGAGUUCAUUUGUUUCUAUCUAGGCAUGUUGGUCAUGUUGGAUGGGAUCCAGAAGAUGGCUUUGAUGUAAGAAUUGAUAUAGUUCUUCGGUUACACCUUGCCGUUAUAAUGUGGCUUUUGUUUUUAAUCUAUACAACUAUGGGUCCUAUAUAAGAGCCCCUUUUCACUUGCGCACUGUUGCAGCUGCAAUCUAACCGAGGUUGAAGUUUUUGACUUCUGGUAUUUAACAUUUGUGAACCAGUAAUAUUUGUAUUUAAUUAUUUUUAUACACGGUAACCUAUCAAUUGAUAUUGAUUUUCAUAGGGCUGUGUAAUAUUUACAAGUAAGAGAAAAGAAGUAUAAUAUUUACAAAUUAUCGUUUAGAUGCUGAUUCCAGGUCUUAGCCCCCAUAUAACUAUAACUAAAACUUCUCUUCAUAGAGUUUGUAUUUGGUUUUGAGUCUUAGAAAUUUGCCAUUACUUCUUAAAUUAUAAUUAAAAUUGUUGCACUUUUCAAAAAGGCAACCUAUUAUCUCCGGACCAUUAUCAUUCAUAACAUUACUCAUACAUUUUUCCAUGAGAUUUUGUCGCCUUUCAUCCAGUGUUUUCCAGCCUAACUUAAGUAAUAUGUGUUUUGAUCGAACGUCAUAAUUAUCACCUGUAAUAACCCUUGCCGCCCUGUUUUGAAGUUUUUGUAAAUUUAAUUUUAAUGUUUCUGAACAAUUACUCCAAAUAAGGGAGCAGUAGUCAAAAUAAGGUAAAAUAAGUGCAUUAUAAAUCAUUUUCAAAGUAUUUCGGGAUCAAAGUAUUUCGGGAAACAAAAGACUUGCAAAAUCGUAGCAUUCCUAUACCCUUCGAAGUUUUCUUGCAGAUGCUAUGUAUAUUCUCUUUCCAAUUUAGCUUGUCAUCUAUAAUGAUUCCCAGACUUUUUGUUUUGUAAACGCGUUUUAUAUUAUUAUUUCCAAUUGUAAUAAUUGGAUCCGUUUGAACUUUAGUAAGGUUGUGCUUGGAUCCUAUUAUCAUGAAUUCAGUGUUAGUUGUAUUUAUAGUGUUAAUUUAUUUGCCGUUAAUAAAUGCUUGGAAUAGAUUCAUCAAGACAGUUUGGCAGAUCAUUAAUAUAAAUCAGAAAUAAGAGUGGGCCAAGAUUUGAUCCUUGAGGUAUCCCACAUCGAACGUUCCUGAUUUGAUUAAUUUUACAAAAGUGUUUCCUAUCUUUCAAGUAGGAUUCAAACCAUGACAGAGAUUGCUUUUGAAAGCCAUAAAGUUUUAAUUUCUCAAUAAGAAUAUCAUGAUUUACAGUAUCAAACGCCUUUUUUUAAGUCAAGAAAUAAUACACCAUUUAUUAGGCCUUUGUCAAUGUUACAUAACCAUUCAUUUGUAACACUUAACAGUGCUGUCGAUGUGGAAUAACUUUUCCUAAAUCCUGAUUGGUAUUUUGUAAAUAAUUCAUUGUCAUCGAAAUAUUUACUGAUUUGUUUAUAUAUAAUUUUCUCGAAUACCUUAGACACAGCUGAGAGAACAGAUAUCGGUCUAUAGUUGCGGACCAUUAAGAUUUUUAUAUCGGAUAUGUAUUAGCAAUACAGUAACUUCCAUUCGUUGCACAGUUAUCUUAGGAAUGCCUUACAUAUACAGUAUUUCUAAAUUUCUAGAUAAACAAACUUGAUGACGGUUGGAAAAUGGUUUUCUCCAAAGCUGGUGUCACAGACAUGGAAUUAAAAGAUCAAGAAACUGCCAAGUUUAUUUAUGAUUUUGUUGAAAAACAUGGUGGUGUCGAAAGCUUCAAUGCUCAGAAUCGAGACCUGCCACCUCCUCCCCCUUCUGCAGGUAUAAUGCACAGCCGGCAUUAAAUAUAACUUGGACUACUUCAUCCUCCAAUGGCAAUGAAUGUAGAUUGGAAUUGUUAGCUAACCUGAAAUGUAAUAGCCUUCUCGCAGCCCGAAUUUGUUGCGUAAUUUAGGGAUUUAAUUUCGGGCCUAGAAAUGCAACUGUUACUGCAUAUACCUUACCAUUUUCUCUAAAAUUUAUAUUCAUUUAAUUUUCAGACAUGCCUCCCCCUCCACCUGCCAGAGGUAAUGGACCACCAAGAGGUGCACCCCCACCACCACCACCAUCUCGAGGUUCAUCAGCACCACCACCACCACCACCUUCAAGAGGAUUUGGUUCUGGGCCACCACCACCACCCCCAUCCAGAGGAGGACCUCCCCCGCCACCAUCCAGAGGGGCACCUCGUGGUCCUCCUAUGGGGGGUUCUGCACCACCACCACCACCACCUCCAGGUAAGCAGAUUACGUUGGAUUGUAGUGUGGUUGAUAUACGUGAAACAUUUGUGUGUUUUAACAUACAAUACUUCAAACAUACUUAAAGUUCCGUACAGACAACCUGGUGUUCCUCGGCAAGCUUCCUUGACAAGUUUACUCUCUCGUGUGUACGGUCUACAAGUUUCCCGUGACAAUUGUUUUGUUGCUCGUGUGCACCACUGAUCUGUACUAAGACUGGAUAACGCAUCUAUAGUAUACGAAAGUGAAGCCAGAAGUCACCGGCCGCCACCCGAUUCAAGGGUCCCACUUUUGUAUAGAUUUGUAUUACAGAUGGUAGUUUUUCGCGUUUUUUGCCUUGGCUACGUUUCUGACCGGGCCAGUUUUACAAUCACAAAGAUAGAAGCAUACUGUACAAGAAUAAUUUUGAGCAAAAAAUUUGGAGUAUUAUGGCUUUAUAACGCCGCGAAACGGUAUUUACAACUCUGAAGGAGUGGAGAGCCUCAGACUUUGUUUAUCAACACGAGCUCGUUUUGCUACUUUCAUACAAAAUCAACUUAAAAUAUACAAGAAUUACUGUUACUGGACGAAUAUUCUCAGGAAAUUUGAAGAAAUGAAGCAACUACAUUGUGAACGAAAGCGUACUGAGGUUACUUUUAAAAUACCUUGAGGCUACUAAUAUAAUUAUAUGAAAAUUAAGGAACAGUUUUAAAUGUCAACUUUGUCAAGAACAUUCCCUCGACUUCUCGAGAAGUUUUGUAUGUUUUAAAGUAGGAAGACAAGUGACAAUCAAAUAUUUUUUAAUCCAAAUUAACAAUGACUCAAUAUAAUGUUAUUUUAAUUCAUAUAAUUAUAAAAGUAGCCUCAAGGUAUUUUAAAACUAACCUCUGUACGCUUUUGUUCACAAUGUAGCUGCUUCAUUUCUUCAAAUUUCCCGAGAAUAUUCGUCCAGUAACAGUAAUUCUUGUAUAUUUUGAGUUGAUUUUGUAUGAAAGUAGAAAAACGAGCUCGUGUUGAUAAACAAGGUCCGAGGCUCUCUAUUCCUUCAAAAUUGUAAAUACCGUUUCGCGGCGUUAUAAAGCCAUAAUACUCCACAUUUUUUGCUCAAAAUUAUUCUUGUAUGCUUCUAUCGUUGUGAUUGUAAAACUGGCCCGGUCAGAAACGUAGCCAAGGCAAAAAACGCGAAAAACUACCGUCUGUAAUACAAAUCUAUACAAAAGUGGGGCCCUUGAAUCGGGUGGCGGCCAGUGACUUCCGGCUUCACUUUUGUAUACUAUAGAUGCGUUAUCCAGUCUUAGUACAGAUCAGUGGUGUGCACAGAUUGUUGUUAAUAUUUUAUCUCGCGUCAAGACCGCCUUUUGUUGACCAAAACCAUAGAAGUAUUUCUUCCAUAGUUGCCACGUUUUCCGACCGUACACACGAACAGAUUUUCUUUGCCCAAAUGCUAGAUGCAUUGUGAUUUCACGAUGGUUUUGCUAUUAAUAAAAAAGUCCAAUUUAUGUGCAGCAUUUAAUCCUGUGCAUGAUUUGUGUUGGUGAUUAUUAUUAUUAUUAUUAUUAUUAUUAUUAUUAUUAUUAUUAUUAUUAUUAAAUACAGCCUUGAGGGUUACGUAUUUAUAUAUAUAUAUAUAUAUAAUUUGUGUCUGAACACCUGAUGCAAUAUAUCGUACGUGUCCCAUAAUCGUCAUAACACGUUCAUUUCAGGUGCCCCUGCACCCCCUCCACCACCCCCAAUGAUGUCAGGCGGAGGACCACCUCCACCACCCCCACUAUCAGGUGGUGGCAGGGGAGACUUGCUCUCUCAAAUACACAGUGGCACCGCUUUAAAGAAAGUUGACACAAACAGUGACAGAAAUGGUUCUGGUGGUGGUGAUGGUCGUACGAACUUGCUCAGUGACAUUAGAAGUGGAGUUAAACUGAAAUCGGUAAACAUUCUGGAAUAUCUAAUAACAUUCUGGAAUAUGGAAUAUCUCUCAAUUUCACAAAUCCGUUCAUUUCAUGAAAUGUUUGAUAAAUAUAGAUUGUUUGGGUAUUUAUAAUGUACAAUAAUAAAAAAAUAUUCGUAAAGAUAAAUUUUCCAGAACAGAGGGCGUCAGGGGGCUUUUUUAGUAGCAUUAGCGCGCGAUAUUUAAAAGUUUAAAACGCACUUUGAGUUCAUGGGCGAGAAAUAUGUUAUGUGUUUUAUCAAUGGACCAAAUAUCAGAAAAGUGAGUCAAUUUUAAGUCCUUUAAAUAGCUGCUGAAACGUUUUGGCACCAAUGCCUAUCAAGCAUGCAUUAUUCAUGCAUCUACCUAAUUUGCACAUUGUUAUUGUAAAAAAAGUAAAAUAACAAUAUGGAAAUUGGGUAAAUGCAGGAAUUAAGCAUACGUAAUAGGCAUUGGUGCCAAAAAAUGAAAGUUUCAGCAGCUAUUUAAAGGACUUAAAAUUGAGUAAAAUUUCUGAUAUUUGGGCCAUUGAUAAAAAACAUAAUAACACAUUUCUCACCCAUGGACUCAAAAUGCGUUUUAAACAUUUAAAUUUCGCGCGCAAGCUAUUUUUAAUGCUGCUAAAAUUUUUGUUUGUUUUACAUUAUAAGUACCCAAACAAUCGGAUUUGUGAAAUUGAGAGCCAAAAAUUCUACACCUUGUAUACAAAUACCAUAAACUUUGAAUAUAAACGUGUUAUAGAUAAACUACGUGAAGCGUUCCUCUUUGGAGUUCUUAACUCAUUUGGAAUUUUCAUAAUUACCUAUUCAAGUUUGAAAAAACUCUUUGCAAAUCCCUCGAGGGAAUCUUGCAAUGUUCCGGUCGGCUGUUGCAAUAUUCCAAUGCGGAGAAACUUCCUUUUAAAUUUUCCUAACUUCCUGUUUUAAUUUCCUGACUUCUUGUUCUGUUCUGUUCUGAGCGUUGUCAUUGGUGGAUUAUUGUUGCUGGCCAAUUACAACAGAACAGAACAGAACACAUUGGUGGAUUAUUGUUGAUGGCCAAUUACAACAGAACAGAACUGGAAAUUAGGAAUUUGUAACAGGAAGUUAAGUCUGUUAAAGGCACAGUUCAGCCUUUUGAAUGAUGGUUUUUAAGGCGCUUUACAACCUUUUUAAUUGAAAAAACUAACUAGGAAAAUAGCUUGCUCUCUUAAGACAGUUUUCCACUUGGCGGAAUUUUCCGCGCGGAACGGAAUUUCUCUUUGUCUUGUGAUUUCUCGGGUGGAACUAAUUAGAAAAGACAAAGAGAAAUUCCACUCCGCGCGGAAAAUUCCGCCUAGUUCCGCCUGUAGUAGAAAACGGUCUUAACACAUCUUUGAAUAACAAUUAAUGUCGAAUUAUUUUCGUCUAUGUACAGGUGAGCCACGAUGAGCCAUCACAGAAAGGAAAUUCAGAUGCUGGAUUGGACGGUAUUGCAGGAGCAUUAGCAAGAGCUUUACAGGAGAGAUCUAAAGCAAUUCAUUCUUCAGGUAUGUUGAUUUUAGAAACGAAUAAUAGAAAACCUUUGGGUGUUGAUUCGCGUGAUUCUCAAAGAUAUGUAAUAACCAUUUAAAUUCUGUCGGACGAAAGCAUGUUUAUUUCUAAAAAUCUCAAACAUUGAAUAAAAGAUAUUAACAUAAUUUAACAACAGGCAGCUGUAUAGCACAAUAACAAAAAUUUCAUUUGUAGUUAUUGAAAAUGUUUUUUGAAAGAAACUUUUAUGUUUUGUCAAAUCAUGUACCUCUUGCUUGAAUAUUAUAAAUUUCGCGGGCGCAAUUAACCUACAGAUAACUGAGUUAUCUGCUAGCGCUAGUACAUCGAGCAAUGAGCUCGUAGCUUAUAUUGAAGGCACGUAAUGUGUACAAUGUAUGACGAAUUCCUGUUAUUUUUAGACGAAGACGAUGAAAGCGGUUCUGAUUUUGAAGAUGAAGAAGAUGAAUGGGAUGACUAAAUUUCUUUCAAUCAGUUAAAAAAAUAUAAUUAUGUAUAAAAUAAUCUCAACUGCCAAGUACGGGGAUCUAGAGGAAACAAUUUUACGGUUUGAUAUAUAUCCUUUUACAUUUUUCAUGUAUUAAUCUAGAUAGAUAAUUUAGCAAUCCCCUGAAAUAAUUCCUUGCCAACUUGACAAUAAAUGACAACUGCAUGUGCUGCCCGACUCCUUAUAUAUAUAAUUGGAACGAAGGCAUAAAAUUUUUAUAUAAACGUCAUUAACAUAUGGGAAAUAUUGUUUGAU